UCCUGCUUGGCUUGUGGGCUGGGAGCGGAGGAAGAACUCCAGGGUCUGCGCAUGGCGCUUGUGACCGUCUGUCGCUCCCCGUCGGGGAGCGGCCACUCUACACCUACCGGCGGCAAGGAUGAAGAUGCUCCCAGGAGAAGGCAGCUGCAGAGACGCCAUAGCUUUGUCAUGGUCAAAGGGGCAGCUCUGCUCCUGCAGGAUGAAGAAAAGUUGGAGGCAGUGCAAGAGGGUCCAGCUACCCCUGUAGAGUCUAAGAGUGAGAAUGCGGCAGCAGGACAGCAGGAACUGCACUUGCAACAGAUGGUGGGACUGCUGCGGCCGGAGGACACCAUUCAACUGGCUGUGAGGCUGGAGUCAGCUCGAGCUCAUCGAAUCCGGUACUUGCUGGUCGUGUCAGCAGCGGAGAUGGAGAGGAAGAACGAGGUGGUGCUGCUUGGAGUGGACUUCCCUGAGGAAGGCUUGGCUGGCUGUACCUUGGGAAUGGUGCUUCCACUAUGGAGUGACACCCAGGUCUUCCUUGAUGGCGAUGGGGGCUUCAGUGUAACAUCAGGGGGACAGACGCGUAUCUUUAAGCCCAUUUCGGUCCAGACCAUGUGGUCAGCGUUGCAAGUGCUGCACAAGGCGUGCAGCGAAGCAAUCUGCAACAACUAUUUCCCUGGAGGGAGUGCACUGAGCUGGACCGAGUGGUAUCAGAAGGCUGUGACCUCUGAGCAGAGCUGCAUUAACGAAUGGCUGGCCAUGUCCGACCUGGAAUCUGUGCGGCCCAGCUCGUCUGCUGUCUUCUCUGAGCAGCCGACAGCACGGGAGAUGACAGAGCGGAUGAUCCGGGCCAAGCUGCGUGAGGUGAUGGCCACCACUGACCUGGAGAACAUCACCUCCAAGGAGAUCCGUACAGAGCUGGAGCAGCGAGUUGGUUGCAGUCUGAAGGACUACAAGGAGUUUAUUGACAAUGAAAUGCUGCUCAUCAUGGCCCAGAUGGAUCGACCCUCCAGGAUCUUCGACUAUCUGUACCUGGGCUCUGAAUGGAACGCAGCCAACCUUGAGGAGCUCCAAAAGAACAGAGUGACCCACAUCCUCAACGUGACCCGUGAGAUUGACAACUUCUUUCCGGAACACUUCACUUACAUGAAUGUGCGGCUCUACGAUGAGGAAAACUCACAGCUGCUGCCCUACUGGAAAGAGACCUACAGCUUCAUUUCAAGUGCCCGGGAUCAAGGCUUCCAGGUGCUGGUGCACUGCAAGAUGGGUGUGAGCCGCUCCGGCUCCACAGUGGUUGCCUACGCCAUGAAGGAGUACGGCUGGUCGCUGGAACAGGCCCUUCGUUAUGUGCAGGAGCGACGCCCCAUUGUCCACCCCAAUCCAGGCUUCAUGCGACAGCUGGAGUUUUACCAGGGCAUUCUGGAUGCCAGCCGACACAGCAGCCUAUGGGAACAAAAGGCAGUAGACACCCAGGCAGAAGCCUCUCCAGAUAUAAGUGAUGCCAGCAGUGAUUUCUCAGGGAGCUCAGACUACGAGACCCUGAGCUCAGAAGAUGAGCAAGAGGCGCAAGUGACAACCCCCCAGUAUUGCUUUCGGCCUUUGCGGGAACCUCCAGAAGAACCCAGCCAUCCUCUGGAUUCCCCUGAUGGCCCCAAAGUUAGUCUCCAGGCAUCAGAGGAACCUGGGACACCAGACGACUCGGGAGCUGAGGAGGUGCAAAGACACCUAGCAACUAUGAGAGUACCUGAGAAGCCAGCUAUGCUCCGACGGGAGCGCAUUAACCUCUAUGCUAUCAUGCGCAGCAUCAGUGAGAUGGAUAGCCCAGAACACAUCUCUCUGCCACAUACUGCCACUGAAGAAGAGGUAUUUCUUCACGCUGAAAGGAAGACUCCUGUGACCGUCAAGUCCUCUCCCAAAACAGAGGAGAGUUUAAGGUCAACAACAGACUCUACAGAAAAGCAGUCCCUGCCUAGGGAGGAGCACACACAGGUACACAGGCCUGGACGACGCAGGCGUAGGGCUCCGCGGGGCCGCUCCAAGCCCUGCAAGCAGCAUUCCUUCCACCCGGCCCCAGGCAGGGUGCACAAAGUCGUUCGGCAUAUGGAGUGUCCUGUCCCAUUUGGCCGCAAGCCCCCCUUGCAACACCGCCUCUCUGUAGCUCAGCUGGCUGAUGCUGCCCUGGUGGUAAGUCGGACCAAGGAGUUCGAGGAACAGGCAGAUCCUGAAAGCCUUCACAAGCUCCCGACGCCUUCUCAGCCAAAGUCCCAACCUGAAGAAAACACUGCCCCCCAUCCCCUGCACUCCUCGCGGUCCCGACGGGUGGUACGCCAGGCCAGUGUUGAUUUGGAGCCCAGCUCGGGCUGAAAGCCUGUUUCUACCUUUCUCUGGUUAUUUACUGGAGUGACUCAUGGGACCGAGAGGCUUACCAGAAGAGUUAUCUCUGACCAAAGGAAACUUCCUUACUCUCCCUAAGGCCUGGAAGAUGGCCUUCUGAACGAGGAGGAGGGGAGACUAGCCCUUCAGGAAACCACAACUGAGCUCAUCUCCACUUCCUUAGGCAGAACUGGUCAGAAAGAGAACAAGUGCUCCUCAGGGGCUUCCCUCCAUCUCCUUGUUUUGGGUCUCUCAGUGGUCCUGAAGACUGCACAGCUCCAAGAUCUUGGUUGAAAGGCACUUGUGGUUCGCUGCUUUUAAUUUGCCUAUGAUGCCCCUAUAUUAGAACCAAGACAGUAGCCUCUCACUGUGAUCUCACUGGGGAAUGAACUGCCCCUACUGAUUUUUGCACACGCAAACACAUACAGCCCCUGUGCCAUUGCCAGCUUCAUUCAGCCUGAAAAUAAAGAGUGAACUCAAUUUUACCAUUUA